AUGGACUUUUAUAAACAACGCCGGUUUAUUUGCGAAAUUACAGGCCAUUCGGGCCUGAACUUUUUCGAGGCGUUGCGUAGUGAGAUGGAAGAAUCGCGCGAGGUAAAUAAUACGUUUCCAGAGGCUUUGAAGGAGCCCAUAUUGCGCCGUAUCCAAUUCUCUACCGUUUCACGGGUUGACAAUUUGGUGGACGAGGUCUUUGAAGAAUUUAAGCAUGACUUUUACCCUGGAGAGCCCGUCCUAAUUCUACUAGAGGAUAGCACGAGGCUCCAUGGUACAAUUCGAGACAAGGCUAACUUCGCCGAACAACUCUAUGCUGACGGGACCAUUAAGACCCCAGCGUUUGCCCGGUAUCUCGUGAAAGUCUCAGACCGACAGAAUGAGGAGGCACUGUUGGACCAAGACCAUAUCACCCGUGACCGUAAAGCAUUCACGAAGUUGAUGCUGCGAGGAUUUAUCAAAAAUAAUGUUACUCGAGAAUCCUGGACGGGUGCGCCCUGGCUCGUCAAGCCUUCGGCUGCAGAAGAAUACAAGAUCUCUGUCGAUAUUCCCAAGCACUUGCAAUACGGCGCGAGGGUUGCCGAGAAGAAAGCAAUGAAAAAAGCCGACCAAGAUGGCUUCUUUGGCUUCUUCGCCUCUCAGCAAUUACCAGAGUUGAAGCCUGCUGUCAAAGGACAAAAAUCGAAGGUUUCAGCACAGGAAUUGGCCAAGUCACGAGAGGCUCAAUAUCAAGAAUACCAGCGGUCAUUGAACGGGAACCCAUCUUUCCUGCCACCAUCUAACCCCUUACGUCCAACUAAGCCCCCGCAAGUUGGAGACAAGAAGAUGCCACCGCCUGCUGCUGUCAAAAACGAAUCUAGACCCCCGUCACCACCGCCGAUCAAAUAUCCUAUCGAGGAUUUGGAACUUGCCCCACGCCCUGACAAGAGCCCCCGCCCGACAUUGAAGUUUCUUAUGCUAGGAGAGACGGAUGACGACGGAGCCGAAGACCUUCUACCCGACGAUGUAGAACCUGAAUCUGUCGGAUUGCUUCUCGAAACAUGGAAUACCCUCAAUGUUUACUGUGAGGUAUUUCAGUUGGACUCCUUCACGUUCGAUGAUUACUUGCAGGCCAUGCGUUUCUCAUCAGAGGAAAUUGACUGCGAGUUGCUCGUUGAAUUACACUGUGCUAUCCUGAAGAAGCUCGUGAACGCCGAAGAGGACGACGGUGCAAUUCAGAUAUCACUUCCAGAUUUUCCUUCAGAGGAUUCUGAUGAAUCUGACGAAGAUGACGAGGGAGACGAUGAAGAAGAUGAAGAAGAAGAAGAUGAAGAAGAUGAAGUGCCGCCGGCGAAAGCUACUCGAAUGACCACUCGCAGCAGUCUAGCUAAGAAAGAGGCAGAAGAGAUAAAGGCGCACAUCGACGAGGAAGAACCUGCUGAGGUCCGCAUCCAUCGCGCAGCUGAAAUGUUCGAAAAGUAUGGAUGGGUGGAUCGUCUUCGAAAGCGCGAUUUCCGCAACGGUGGCUGGGAACUCGUAAUGAUUGGGCUAUUGCACCAGUUAUCUCUUCGCCCUCGCUCUGAACAGACAUGCAACGAAAUCUUACAACAUCUUGCUCCACUUGACGAACCACCUACUCAGCAGACCGCCCAAGAACAAUACCGGACCCUUGAUAUCAAUUUGCGUUCCAAGGCUCUUCAGAUGAUUACUAUGCUGAGUCUGGAGACGAAGGCAAUCCGAAAUUACCUCGAAGAAUGUAGUAACCAGAUGACGGAGUUCCGGAAGGAAAAGAUUGAACACCAGAAAGCCCGCAAAGCUGCCUUGAGUGAACUUCGACAGCUGCACCAGGAUCGGAAGGCACUUCAACCAGAGCCAGAGAAAUCACCUUCGCCAAUUCCAGAGCUAGAGGGAGAAGGCUUGGAUGAUUCAAAGCUCACUGGAAUCGAAGGCGACUCAGAGAUCCCUAUGGAUACCGAUGAUGAUGAUACUCCCAGACCCCGCGCACUGCGUGGAGGAGUCGAUCGGGUUUUGGAGAGGAAACGGAAACAAGAUGAGGAGCGAGAGCGCAAGGAACAGUUGGCUAAACAGCCCAAGGGAACCAAGCAGUACCAACGAGUUUUGAAGAAGAUCGACGAGCAAAAGGCCAAGAUCACGAAGAUUGAGGACAAGAUUGAAGUAGUCGACAAUGAUUUGCGCGAGGCUGACUGCCCCCGAACUCGAUGCCUUGGAUUGGAUCGAUUUUGUAACCGUUAUUGGUGGUUUGAACGCAAUGCGAUGCCUUAUGAAGGCAUGCCGAACAGCUCAACUGCUGAGGCACGUUACGCCAAUGGCCGCCUUUGGGUGCAGGGACCCGACGAGUUGGAACGAUCCGGCUUUAUUGACUUGACCGAUGAACAGCGCAAGCAAUAUCAAAAACAUUUCCAGACUACUCCAGCUGAGCGCAAGAAGCAUGAGGAAGGGUCCACUCAUGUCUCGCAUGCCCGAGAAUGGGGCUACUAUGAUGACCCGGACACAAUCGAACAGUUGAUUGCGUGGUUGGACGGUCGUGGCAACAGGGAAAGUAAAUUGCUCAAGGAGCUCCACCUCCAACAAAGAAACAUUGUCAAAUAUAUGAAGAACCGCGAGGCAUACCUCAGUGAACGAGCCGAGCGGGCUGAAUCUGAGGAGAUGCCCACCAAGCGAGUGACUACGCGCACCAAGACCUAUGUGGAUGUCAAUGAACAUCGCCUUCGCUGUCUUCGCUGGCGAAACACGGCUGCUCUCUCUGACAUUGGUCAUCUUCAUGUAGACCCUGAUCGCCCAGCCAAGCGUUACAAACGGGCAGUUGACGAUACCCGCGAAGCUAAAGCUACUCGUGGCAAGCCUUUGUCCCGACGCGGCUCACGUCGUGGAUAA